AUGAUAACACUUUUAACGCCUAAAAACUGUAACAAUGAAUUUUCUUUACUUUCACCCAAAUUAUCAUCACCAAAAGAAGACCAUGGACUUAACUUUAUGGUUAACAAGAUCCGUCAGAACAAAUUUACACCAAUAACUCACUUCAAAUUUACAGACUGUGGCACACCAGAGGAUAUUCUACAAGUCCUCAGUCUGAAAAUGAUUCCGGAAUCGCCCAUUAUCGGCGAACUAGUAACAAUCACAAUAGCCGGGCAAUUGACUGAGGAUGUCGAGGAAGGAAGUGUUGUCAAAAUAAAGGUAUCACGUGAUACAGAAAAGCUGUAUGAUGGUGAAUUGGAUUUGUGUACAGAGUUUUUAGACGUGCGCUGUCCAUUGGUCAAAGGUCCUAUCGAGAUUAAACAUAGUUUCGUGGUACCUACUGAUGUUCCGGCGGGACGUUAUUUUAUAAACGCUCAUCUCCUUACAAACGAUAGUCGUCCAAUUGCAUGUCUUGAUGUCGAGACAAUUCUUCGUGAAAAACAUUUCUUUC